CAUGAUGACAUUUUAUCCCCUUCAGGUCACAAGGACAAUAUACAAAUUGCUUCAAAAGGCAACUGGAGAUUCUCUUUUCGUAACAGAGUUCAGGAUGAAGCGACUGUCCAGCCAAAGAGAAAGAAGCUUGAAGAUAAACAAAUUACAACCUACAGAUACCCAUGGGACAAGGCAAGCCUGAAGUCUCUACAGAUAGAUCUGAAGGCUUUUGAGAAACUGGAUGCUUAUGCUGCAAAGGUCAAUGCUAACCAGACUGUUGACCUCUUGGUGAAGGAGCUGAUCCGAAACACUCACAGUGACCUGGAGAAAACACGAGCUAUCUGGAUAUGGAUAUGCCACCAUAUUGAGUACGACACAGAGGGACUAAAAGACCUCAGCCAAGUAUCCUGUGAUCCCAAUGAUGUCCUCCGCACCAGAAAAGGAGUCUGCGCUGGGUACUCUUCCCUCUUUGAGUCCAUGUGCAGUAUUGCAGGGGUGAAGUGCAAGUCGAUGAGUGGAUACUCUAAAGGUGGGAGAUACAAAACAGGGCAAACGUUUUCGGGAGACUCUACCCAUGAAUGGAACAUGGUGUAUCUGGAAGGAAGCUGGCACUUACUGGAUAGCACUUGGGGAGCGGGUACUACUUCUCACAAUGAACCCUUUACUUUUAAGUACAAUGAAUUUUAUUUUCUAACUCACCCUGCACUCUUCAUUGAAGACCACUUCCCAGAAGAAAACAAACACCAACUCCUGGAGCCUUGUGUUUCUCUAAAACAGUUUGAAAAACUAAAUCGUAAAUGCUAUUUCUACAAAAUGGGGUUGCUCUCCUCUUGGCCGGAUACAGUCACUGUUGAAACAGUGAAGGGAAAAGUUACUUUUACCCUUGAGGGGCGUCACCAUUUACUCUUCUUAUUUCACCUGAAUAAGACGGAGACUCCAGGUUUGAUGCAGCUGACCGAGCAUGGAAUGAAGCUUGAUGUUUACCCGCAAAAGACUGGAGAACAGAUCCUACAGAUAUUUGCCAAGAGAGAAGACUCAGAAGGAGUAUAUGACUGGAUUCUUGAUUAUAAAGUUAUAUGCAAAUCUGUGGACACAAAUAUGAAGAUUCCAAAGUGUCUCAUGAACCCUGUGGGCCCCAGCUGGCUAUCGGAAAAGGCCGGACUCUUUCAGCCCUCACAUCAGGACCCAGUCAUUUACACUGAAGAUGGCUGCUGUACUGUCAGCUUUGCACUGAAAGGGAAACUGAGCAUUUUUGCAACCUUGGACUCCAGUGAAAUCCAAAUGACUUCAGAUAUGAAGCACAGACACAUCUUCCAAACACAAAGAGAGAAUGAUGUGGAAUUUAAGGUUCGACUGCCAACAUCUGGCACUUAUGUUCUUUGUGUCAAUGUAAAGGAUCCUAAUGGUGACACAUACACUUCUCAGUGUAAAUAUGUCAUUUUUUGUACCAAUCAUACAGUACAUUGGCCCCAGUUUCCUCUGGUUUAUGGAACCUGGGCCAAACAUUAUGAACUGCUCGGGCCCCUAGAUGGAAUUCUUCCUGAGAACAGCAAUAUUUCAUUUAAGCUCAGGGUUCCUGAUGUGACUGAAGUAUCUGUGAGGGGCGGGAAAAGUUCCUUCCCAUUGUCUCUCACUCCCCAGGGAUACUGGGAGGGGAUGUGCAGUACAGGUGGAAACCAGGAGCUCAAUGUUACUGUCAGUUUUAAAGAUAACCCCAAUGUCUAUAACUACAUCAUGCAGUAUGAGGUGGGAAAGAAAAAACAGAUAAAAUGACAAUGAAGUAAAUGAGGAAGAAAUUUCAGAUUUAAUUGCUCCAAUUCUAAAUGAUCAACUUAUGAAGCAUCAAAUAUUGACCAAAUAGUUUUUAAAUUUGUGUGUAAAAGAAUGUGUUGAAUGUAUUUUCUUUACAUAGUAGCCACAUUAAGCCUUGAAGUAUUCUUUGUAGGUAUGAAAAAUAUGCAGCUUGGCACAGUUGUCUUAGAUGAAAGGGUUACAGGGCUGUCUUGUGGCUGGAACUGCACAAUAAGAAGUUGGACUCACUGGACCCAGCUUCCAAUCCUUACACUGCUAAUGGGUAUACACGUUUAUCGUACUAAGAAUGUAGCUUUCAUGGAUAUGCACAAGUUGCCAGUAUUAAGAAAACUACAAAACAGUCUACAUCAGUGCCAAAACUAUCCCAAGGUAAAAGGGGCCCUUGUUGCACUAUGCAGAAGACCUGUCUGACUGCUGAGGUGUCAGACACUUGUAAAUUUUGUUAUAGAAACACUUAAUAAAGGGCACUAAUGGGACCAAAACAUGAUCUGUCCGGCUCAAUAAAAUACAC